UAGCCGAUCUACGCACGAUUUCAUUGCACAAAAACUAUUGUUGUAGUCUGUGGAUCUAUGGAUGGAUCUUUCUCUUUUUAGUCAACGAAUGCUCUCGCUUCUCGCAUUUUUGUGAUUUUUUUGACUCCGGAUCAAGUUUUGGAUCGUUCUGUUAUAAAUUCAGCUUCAGUGUCGGUUCUUAUGUGUGUCGAAUGGUAUCGAGUAGGCUGGUUACGAUGGACUCUUACUUAUUAACCGUUAUGGUCCUGAUACGCGGGACGACAUCGCAAGCGCUGAUUGCGUUCAGACAGCGAUGACCAUAAGCGACAUCGGGAACAAUGAUCGCCAACCUGCCGCUUCUGUUCGCGAGUGGCGCUCCAUCGGCGCUCUCAAAGAUCACCGCCAGCGAAUUGGAGAAGUUCAUAACUUUCAUGGUGACAUGUUCCUGGGGCCACGACACGGCCAAAGAGAUACGGCAGCCGCCUUGGUGGCCGAAGGAUGUCAAAUUUUCCCACCCUUUUGUUCGACCAAAACAUCAGUUACCCAAAGAUUGGGAGGCUAGACUGAAGAAUGUGGUGAAAAGAUGCUACGAUUAUCACAAGAGCGCAUUUCUGCUUGUGUUUUCCGCGCAGCUGGCACGUUACCCUCGCAAAAGGCUCAGGUAUGUCGACAACCGUGAUCAAACAACGUCUCUCUAUUACAGGCCCAGUGGCAGACUUUUAGUAACAUUUAGAAACGAAAAUCUUUUCUAUGAUAAGCCAAUAAAACCAGCAGCAAAUGUAGAGAAACCACAGGUUAAAUCUGCAGACAUAUAUUUGUGUGAUAACUGUGACAGCCAUUUUGAUAAUUUGGAAAUAUUGAAAGCUCACGAGAGGCUUUGCAAUAGUGAGACUGCUUCUACUCCAGUGGAAAGUUCAAGUUCACCUUGCAGUAGCCUGCCAGAGUUUCUCUCCGCACUGAAGUUACAACCUAUUGGUGUUAAGACAAUUCAAGAUAUUGAUGUUGAUGAUGAUACUCGACCAAGGAAUUCUAGGACAGCAGCAAAUAUUGACAGAGGACCUCCUUACCCAUUCUCUUCUCUUGCAUAUUUGAAGAAUGUCAAACAAAGUGUUCCAAGAGACACAAGUUAUUCAAGAGAAAGAGUGGAACGGUAUUGCUGCACUUCUAUUCCAAUUAGUAAAAAUGUAGGUAGCAAAAGUAAAAAUCAACAGUUUCCUGUAAGAUACAGAAGACCUAUAGACUACUGGAAUAGAAGUCAUGUGUUUCCUAAUCAAAGGAACAAAAAAAUACUCGAUGUGAAUGGUCAGUUGCUUUUAUUGAAGUGUAGACCUAUUUCUGUCAAUAUAGAAAGAAUGUCAGAGAAGAAAAUCAAAGAGUAUAUAGACAAUUUGAGAGAGGAGGCGGAAUUAAGAUAUUCUCAGGAUAAAGAUAUCAUUUUUGUGGAUGGACUAGACUGUGACAAUCCAGCAGAAAUUGAGAAAAAUGGUGAUCCUUUAAAGCGGCCAGAGGGUGACUGUGAAGUGAUUGACCUGUGUUCAGAUGAUGAGAGUUCAAUAGUGAAUGAGAACUGUGAUCCUCAAGCAAGUAUUGCGGGGUUAACAUCAGUGACUGGGGUUGCUGGGGUGGCAUGUGUGAUGCGUGGAGGAGCGGUGUUAAGACGGACGGCUGCUACUCCUCUAGCACAGCCUGCACAGCCCUGUGGAGCUCGUCAGCGCCCUCUUUCCACUGCUGUUUUGCAGCCACAUCCCGUAAUCCUUAUCACCCACUCAUUGAACAGUUUACAGACAAUUUCUCUAGAUUGACUUUGUGUAUUUUAUAUUAGUGAGUUAUGAAUUAUUUAUUAUUCCUUCAUGAAUAAAAAAUUAAUGUUCCAUUUCAAUCUUUCAUUACAGUAUCAAAGUUGUUGAAAUAGAUCUUAGGAAUUUUGGUGAAUUUACUAGUUAUUGGAAGCUAAAUUAUUAUGUUAUUGAUGUUUUCUCUACUUUUCCUUGACAUUGAGAAACAUGUCUCACUGUUUCUCGCUCAACAUUAUAAGCUUGAAUACAAAAUAGAAAGAUCCAUAGGAACAGUAUCUUUUAUUUAUGAGGCAUAAUCUUUAUCUGAAUGUUGUAAGGUACAAUAUUGAUUAACAUGCCAUCGAGGUCAACAUUCAAGCCGCGUGAAUGAUAAUGCGCACGACAAAAUGGCGCCCUCCGCAUUAACAGCUGAUGAUAUAAAUCUAUGCUAGGUUGUUUAAAUUUCAAAAUUCUUGUAAAUGCGCAUGCGCUUGGCAUUACUAUUUUGAACUAUAUAAUUUAUUUUAAAGAAAAAGGCGCUGGAUUGUUGCACAUUUACAUGCAGCAGUUUAAUGUACAAUGUUUUUAUUGUAUUUACUUGUCCAUCUUUUGCGACGACUGACUGUUAUUGCCUAACAAACUGUUAUUAAUUAUUAGGAAAGAGAUAAAUUCUGAGCAAAAUUUAUAUUGUUUCCUAAAUAUAGCUGCCAACAUGCUGCCAAGAUAAUUUUGCCGCCAAAUUAAGGAAACAUGAGCAGUAUCUAUAAGAUAUAUUCUCGUAACAAAUUCGUUUUGUUUUAAAUAGCUAAUUUUCUGCUCUUGAUCUUAAGGGCAUCCCCUGAGUGACGCGUAAACGUAGCGUUCAUUUAGUCUGUUUCGGUAACAUUCGUAGCUGUUUGAACUACGUUUUUGAGAAAUCGUGAAGAAAUACGCCUUGAGCGACAGGAAUGGACAAUUCGCACGAUAUGUAAGACUGAGACAGACUGAACGCGGUUUGGUUCAUGUCACGCAGCGGACAUCUUAAUCAUUAGCCAUCUUUAUUUUAAAAUAGUAUCGAGAUUUGUAAAGACAAGACAAAGAUUAUUUAUUUACAAAAACAUGAGUUUACAUUUUGUACAAUGUGGUUUUUGUAAGCCUUUUUAUAAAUGAGUAUAUAUUUAAGAAGUACUUUUAGUAUUGGUACGGUACGUGACUAUUACUGACACCAAUUGUUACAGGAUGAGACUGAAUUUAUUAUUUGAAAGCAGGAAAAAUUGUAACAACUUUAGAACGAAUUUUUCGCGAUAGUUACAGCAAUCUCUCUCUCCCAGACUUAAAAGCAAUCAAGUACGCAAUGUAUAGGUGGAAUAUAUCAAUAAAUAUAUUUAUACUGGUGCUACAAAUUAAUUGCCUCGACGGUGCGGGCUAUGUGUCGUGGAUAUUCCAAAUAUUAGUACAAUGAUUGUUGGUAUAUAUGGAUAUUUUGGGAAAAUGAGAAGAGUUUUAGAAUAGUGAAUACAGUUAAACUUGGCGGUGAAAAAGUUGCUACGCGAAUUUCUAUUCCAUGUUGCCUUUGCAAUGCGAAUAAUAUCGCUUGUCAUCUACACGAUACUAAGUGUAUUUUCCAUAAUAAAACAUUUUUUUUCGAAUUAUCAACAAGCUCUUGUAAUGACGUCGUUUCAGUACGGACUUCGAUAAGGAUAAUACGACUAAACAUAACUCAAAAGUAACGCGAUAUAUGCGCAGCAUAGUUUGAAAAGGAACAAAUUUAUAUAUCUUCUUUAGCCCAGAUAACCUGCUCUGUUCUGAUGUGUCUCGACCAGAAAAGACUCCGUUCUGACGUGUCUCGACUGAUAUUACUCCCAUUGGAAUUAUUAAUUAAUUAAUUAUUAACAACCCAAGUAUAAUAAAACUCCACUAAUCUUAAAUAAUAUUAUAAUAAGAAAGAACAUUGAAACACGAAAAAUAUAAGUUGUCUAAUGAAUCAUAUGUCCUCAUUGUUGAUUCUGUGGUGUGAGUUGAGCGGCCGUCGACUUUCCUCAUCUGAGCCAUAAAUAACUUCUUCGUCGGAAUCGUUGAUCAUAGAAAACGCAGGGUUAUCUUUAGUUAUAGCCGUUUCUGUAAAGAAAUUCAUCGUUAUCCUUAAAUAACACUAGAAGUCAUGUCUUAUACAGUUCAGCCACAUAUUAUGUGGUAGAGUCUGGAAAUUUCCACACAAGCUCAUCCGUAUACAUGUUCUGUGAUACUCUUUUUAAAUAAAUAGGUCAGGUCAUGCAAUACAGCAAAUCUUAUUAGGUAUUAUCAGAGGAAACGUAGGCGAAGUCACGUAGGUGCAAGCGCAAUAUUGCAACUGCUAGCAAAACUAAUACAUAUUCUAUACCUACAAGAUUUGGUUACUCAACAAACUAACGGUUGAUACGUAACAAAUUGUGUGUGUGAAAUAUUAUCUAAAUAAAAUCUUACAAUUGAUCGAAUUAAUGACUGUAAUAAUCACUGGUUCAACAUUAGUUAGAUGUCAGAAUAACAAUGUCUUACAAAAUUCAUUCAUAAUCUUAGGAGAGAGAAUACAAUCAAUAAAACAAUUAGGUUUCUCUAAUCGACACGACAUGGGUAAUGAAAUAAUGGAGUUUAGUGUAAUUAUACGUGAUAUAGCUGUAUUGUUCGAUUUGAUUAAUCUUUUUGAACGCAAUCCUAUAUCAUCUAGAACUUUGUAGAAAAUUGCAGACUCCAAACAUAUAAUAUUACUCUUUCGUAUCGAGAGAACCACUGUGGUGUAAUAUUUAUGCUUACAUUGGAUUGUGUCAUUGUUUCGCUUGUAUAUAGUCUUUUGUUUCGAAUGGAACUUUUUCUUCAUAUGAGUAGCUAUUUCUUUGGUUUAUAGAAUUUCUUUGGUUUUUGGAUUAUUUUGUAUUUACAUUCUGGAAUGUUGGAGGUGUUGAAUCACUAAACGAAAUUCUCUAAUGCAAAGGGCGUUUUUUUCCACGUGCCAAUGUAAACGCUAGUAUGUCUUUGGAGACAUAGAGUCGUAUUGUCACAGUAUGAACAGUUGUUUCAUAUUCUUCAGCAUCACAUUCUGAUACCUCUAGAUUUUCUUUUUCUUUAAACAGUUUUUUAGAAAGAUCUGAUUCUGGUGAUAUGUGAGACACAGAAAGCAUUGGAAAUUGAAAACCGAGGUAGACAACGCAUUUCAGAAAUUAGACUGCCUGCACUGGCUCUUUUUUACGUAAAAUUUUAUGUAGUAUUUACUCAAAAAAGCUACCAUUAGAACUACUCGUAUUAGAAAAGGGUCUUACCGUGUACCGAUCCACCACCAGGCGAGAACAGAUAGGCUAAUAUGUACAUCUUGAAAUUGAACAGGCCGUACAUAGCCAUGAACGGAGCGGACGUGUCGUAAUGAACUUUAGGCUGCGAAGCCCAGUGAUCCUGCAGAGCUGCGGGGCCCCAGCCUUGCAACGCGAGCAGCGUAGUUAUCACCGUUACCGUAGCCACUACUAUGGACAGGCAUCGGAGUCUUAUAUC